GAUUGCCAUUCAGAGGAAGUCAUCGGGUAUCAGCAUUUCCAACCUCAGUGAACAGCUUGUAAGCAGUAUUUGGAUCCAAUCUUUCCUUCACCUGUUACCAGAAACUACCCAUACUUUUAGUGUUAAGUAAUUGUUUGCCAAAUUAUAACUGAGUUGUCAUAUUUUACAGUGAGUCUUACCCAGAGGCACAACUGUUUCAGGUUGCCCUGCCUUUGCUAGCAUCGGAUGUGGCUGGGAUACAGAUCGCGUUGAAUAACAUUCCUCCUCUGUUCUCCCACAAAUCCAGCAGAGCACUGUCCGUGAUAUCUAAUCAGAGCCUUAAAGAGCUUAUGCAAGCUCCGGUGCCUUUUCAUUCCGGAUUCUUUCUUUCAGCGUAUUGUUAUAAACGUGAUUUGAUCAUUCUCCAAACACUGCCCACUUCGACGCAAAAAUUAGAAUGCACAAACGGUGGACACCGAAGUAAAUCUGAACUAUCUAAAGCCAGAGCCGACCUCAGAUUUGAGGAUGCCGACAGACUGGUACCUCUCCUAGAGAGCAGAGCAUUUCUAAGCACACGACCAUGACGCUCACAGUGACAAUAGCCAAACUGGCAAAAAGUUUUGCAAAUACAUCUCAGAUGUUGCUGGUGUACUGAAGCUCGUUGCACCCUUCGACGACAGUGAACUAGAUAUACUGAGUUUACCUUAUAAUUUGUGUUGUUAAUUAAUUUUACUCUUCUUUGGAAGUACCAUGAGGGUAUGUCCUAGCGUGUGCCAAGUAUUUCCAGAUUUUAGCAACGGACAACUGUCCUGGCUCAUACUGGCUGCAUACUAGCCUUGGAGGGGAAAUAGGAGGUCACAGCUGCUCCUGACAUGCAAGGACAGGCAAUAUUUCUGAGGAGUAUCGAGGUCCAGGGAGACAGAGAAAGGGAGCUGAAGCUGGAGGCCUCUUGGGCACAAAGAAGGGACUCUCUCAAGCAUGGAAGAAGUUCUGGAAUCCUGAGUCUAACUUUGGAUUCUCCCCAAAGCAGGUUCUGGGUCAAGGGCUUGAGUGCAAAUCGUAUAUUUAAGAGGUAAUCCCAGGAGAUCCAAUGAGCAUUUGGGGAAGGGAGGCAUGGAUGAGCAGAUUCCCACUCGGGACAGCUGAGGAGUGAUCUCUCUAGGGAUUCCCAAGAGAACACAACUCAGAGCUGCCUCACUCAGGACUGAUGAAGCCAGGGAGCCACCCAGCAAGGACAGGUCCUUUGCCGGCUGAAAGUCACUGCUGGGGGUGUUAAUGUCCACAUUUCCAUGUUACCCAAGGUGCCGGCUGAGCUCCCUGCUAUGACCCAGGUGAUGUCCUGGGUCAUAGAGGUGUAGGCGGUGAGGGUGAGAAACAGUCCGUGAGCUUGGCAGCAGUCCAUGCAUCCUGCAGGUGGGUUGUGGGGAAUGAAUGGUGUGUCACGGAUGGAACGGAAGCAGCAAACAGGUGGAUGGCUGGGGUCCUGUUGCAGGAGAGAGUGGGAAGAAUUGAGGAAUGUCUGAACUAAUGAGAGGGGAUGCGAUCAGGGUGCAGGGGAAGGGCUGGCCGUGUCAGGACCCUGGACAACUCUUGGGUGUCCCUUCUGAUUGAUCCAGGAUGGCCACGGAAGGGGCGAAUCUCACCUCCGUCUCUGAGUUCCUGCUCCUGGGCCUCUCAGAGAACCCCAAGCAACAGCAGCUGCUCUUCAUACUCUUCCUGACUAUGUACCUGGUCACGGGACUGGGGAACCUGCUCAUCAUCCUGGCUAUCGCCACUGACCCCCGACUGCACACCCCCAUGUACUUCUUCCUGGCUAACUUGGCCUUUGUGGACAUGUGCUUCACCUCCACCACCAUUCCCAAGAUGCUGGCCAACCACGUGUCAGGGCACAGAGGGAUCCCUUACGCAGGCUGCCUGACCCAGAUGUUCUUCUUCAUCUGGUUUGCUGGCAUCGAUAGCUUCCUGCUGACUGCCAUGGCCUAUGACCGCUAUGUGGCCAUCUGUCACCCUCUGCACUAUGCCAGGUCUGUGACACCGCAGCUCUGUGGCCUCCUGGUGGCUGCAUCCUGGACUGCAGCCUUCUGGAAUGCCCUGACCCACACAGUAUUACUGACUCGCCUCUCAUUCUGCACCCACAACCGGGUGCCCCAUUUCUUUUGUGACCUCAGCCCUCUACUGAAGCUGGCCUGCUCCGACACCUUUCUCAAUAAUGCAAUGGUGUAUACCAUGGGCGCCCUACCCACUGUCACUGCCUUUGUGGGCAUCUUGGUCUCCUACACACGCAUCUUUGCCACAGUGCUGAGGAUCCCUUCCACGAGAGGCAAGCAGAAGGCUUUCUCCACCUGUGGCUCUCAUCUGUCUGUGGUGUCCCUGUUCUACGGGACACUCAUUGAGGUUUAUUUCAGCCCCACGUCCUCGCACACGGCCCAGAAGGACACAGCCGCUGCCGUGAUGUACACCGUGGUCACUCCCAUGCUGAACCCCUUCAUCUACAGUCUACGCAACAGCGACAUGAAGGGGGCCUUGGGGGCCCUCAUCAAUAGGAAGCCAGUUUUUAUUCAGUGACCAUAGCACUGGGAUGUUUGAGUGCCCAAAUCCAGUGCCCAUCUGAAGAGACUUCCCAGCACAGCCCCAAGUUUAGAUGUUUCCUCUGUAUCGCUCUCGGCUCUCUGUGUAUUACUUCCUUCCUCCAACAAGUACUUCUGGAACAUCUGUGACACCUGAAACACACGUUGCAGGGUUGAAGGUCCGGCAGGGAACUAACAAAAUCCCUGACCUUGUGGCGCUCACACUGCAGCCUGAAGAACACAUCUCUGUUGAAAGGAGGUGCUCAGCAAACUCGAGGCACUGGGAUACAAGCCCCACUUUGGUUCAAGUUCAGGUUAAUCUGCUCUAAGAAAGAGACACAAAUGCAGAGGCUCACAAGUCAUAAGAUUUUGCAGACUGAACUCUUUGUUUCCGGAGCACGGUUCCUUCAAAAAGCUUACAGUAGACAUCUGGUCUAGUUGUUUCUGGUCAGUUCCAUUGCGAGGCCCCAGAGCCAAUGUGCUUUUCUAGCCAGAGCUCUUGUGUUUAUUGAUUUUGCAAUAUUUGCUUCCUUGAACCACCUAGGUUUUGGUCCCUCUCAGUUAAUGGUCAUCUGAAACAAUAGCCUUGGGUAGGGGCAAGAUCCUUAUUGUUAUUGUUUUUGAAGAACAGGAAGCUGUUGGCUCUUCUAAGCGUGUGAUGUUUCUGACUCUGAAAAGUGGCCAGUUCUUGUCGAGGAUCACCUCUUUCUUGUGAUUCCUUGCAAAGCAGCAAGAAGCAGCCAACUCACAGUGACAUCACAGCUCUUUGCAACGACUUCCAGAAACACAGGCUCAGUGGACAUACGAGCUACCUUCCAGGUUACUGCCAGUGAUGGUAUUACCCAAUGAUGGUUUUUGGCGUAACAAGGGUCUCUAGCUUUCCAGCCGUUGAUUAUUGUGUCUUUACCAGAAGACCACUCAUUUUUCAUUGUUGUGAUGUCAGCAUCUCACUGCUGGUACCAGGUCCUGUAUCCCUUCCCUGGGGAUUCUGAAAAAGCAAACACAAAAGGAGACACAAACUGACCAACCACAAACGAAGUGACUUAGACAGAAAUUUGUCGUCUCCUGGUUCUGGAGGCCAGAAGUAGAAAAUCAAAGUGUUGGCAUGUUGCUUCCUUCUGAGGCUGUGAGGGCAAAAGCGUCCCGAGCCUCUCUCCUAGCUGGAGGGCACUGGUGCUCUGCCGGCCAUCCCUUAACUUGCAGAUCACGCGUCGUCUCUAUGUGGCAUCCUCCUUGUGUGCUUGUCUCUUUCCAAACGUCCCCUUUUUAAAAUGAAGGCCACAAGUUCUCCUGGAUCAGAAGCCCACCCAACCCCAGUAUGACAUCAUCCUAACUGUUACAUCUGCAACAGUUCUAUUUCCAAAUCAGCUCAAAUUCGGAAAUUCGGGGGAUUAGGACUUAAGGAAAAAGGAGAGUGUGUGGUGAUAGAUCUUCGCUGGACUCACCCUGGUCUUCUGCAACAUAUACAGAUAUCGAAUCAUUAUAUUGAACACCUGAAACUAAAAACAAACACACCAGCAUGCAAACACUAUAAUCUGAGUUAGGACAAGGUUCAGGAAGCUUCAGUCUGUGGGCCAAAUGGGGCCCACCACCUGUUUGGUAAAUAAAGUUGGAUUGAAACAGAUUUUUUAAAAAAAUGGACAUCUUUGAAAAUGGAUGCCUCAGUGCUUAAAAGCUUAGGGUCAGCCACUUACCAUUCAGAAGGCCAUGUCCUCUUACCCCUGUUUCAGAAAUCAGGAUCAUGGGGUUUCUCUAAAUCUUCAAGGACUCUCAGCUCUGGAGUUUUCUAUCUCUGUGGGCCGACUCUUGUCCCCCCUUCCCCCGCACCCGCCCCGGGAAUCCACACACCUUUCUUGUAAUACUUUGCACAAAUUGGCAAAGAGCCACCAACUCACAAUGAUUUCUUGCUCCUUCUCAUCACUUCCUCUAGAGAUGCAGGCUUCAUAACCCCUUGAACCAUCUCCCAAGCUCUCAAGGAUUAUAGUUUAACCUUGGCUUGGACCUAAAGAGGACACCCUGCUUUGUAGCCUGAAAUACUGUGUC